AGAGGACUUCUGUGCAGCAGCAGCGAUGCCUGGCAGAGACUCAGCAGUGGUGGAGAGUGAGUGUGGGGUUCUGGAGAACUUGGGCUCGAUGAGGUGCUGUAUCAGCUGUUGUGGCUAGCUGCAGAGCUGUGAUAGGGCAGCUCAGGGCUCUUUCUGUGCAUGGUUAGCAGUGGGGACUGUGAUGAAAACUGUUUGUGUUGUUGCACUAAAGGAAGAGUCUGUUUUCCACAGGGCUACAUGUGUUCAUUUUGCUUUUGUUUCAGUUCUCCCUAAAACGUGAUUUGCGUGGUAUGCUUUAUUUUUUUCCUGUUUUGAUUCUGCUUCUCAUUCUGGGCACUAACUUUGCAUGCGUUUUCCCCGGUCGUGCUUUGGUUUCACCUGGUGCAUGUGUGUGUUAGUGAUACCACCAGCUUAAGAACCAUUUUCCAUGACACAGAGGGGGGGAGGAAUUGAAAUACCCCCUGAAGAUGUCUGAAGGUAGUUGCUAUGCACAUUUUGCUAGGUACGUGAUCUAGAGAAGGCAGUUUCUUAAUGCGAACACAGUUACUCCCUGUACAGCUCUUAGCUCUUUGAAAUUUAAUCUAGAAGUCUGUAAUAAAACAAAAUUAUGGCGCCCCGUGCUGGAAAAGCUGGAUGGGAGGCUUCCUAAGAUGCAUGUUUUGAAGGGAAGGCAGGAAGCUGGGUGUAGGCUGGAGACUGGACUAAAGGAUCGUUUUUACUCAGAAGGUUCAGAUCAAAAGCACAGUCUGAGCAAAAAAAAAAAAAAAAAAAAAAAAAAAAAGAAAAAAGAAAAAUUAAAGCCUCUUUGACUCGCUCUUUUUCUUAAACCUGUUGGUAUUCCUGACUGACACCUCGUUUGUCCUGGAAGUGAAUAUGAAAACUGGCCCUCUGACAUUGCUGCUGGUAUGGCCCAGUUGAGCGCUUCCUUGAGCUCUUCUGUGGCCACAGUGCAGAUGGAGCUGUUGGCUUCACCUAUUCUGGCUAGUAAUCUAAUGAUCAAACUUGGGAUAAUUGCAGCUAGCAUCUCUCACCUUACUCUUGUCUCCCUGUCCUCACUCAAACUAUGGUUUGGGAUAGCUAAUGAUUCUCUGAAUUAGUAGCUGAUGUGUGAGAACUACGUAUAAUGUACGUAAAAUGUAAUUACAGCCUAAAACGAUUAGAAAAUGCUGCCUGAAUCUUCUAGGGUGAGCAGCAACUUGAAAUGCUGUCAUACUCUGAUCUUCAAAUCUGGUUUGUGUGUGUAAUGGCCCACAAGGAUCCAGUUAGCCUGCAGUGUUCAUACACCUUUCACUUGGCAGUGUCUUCCAUAGUGAAUGUGGGCAUUGCCACAUCUGCUAUAUGCUCGUUCCCAUCCCCAAGAACUUGGAUGUGGUGAGAAAGGGAAGAAAAGGUUAAUAAUUCUGUCUACCUUAGUCUUAGUGUUCUGAAGUAGCGUCCUUUGAGGGGGCUGGAAAAAUGCUGAUAAACCUUUUAGUAGGUAGAGAUCCUGUUGUACUCUCCAGUGAUAUGCUAAUAAUAGCUGUGGUUUUUAGGCAGAGAGGAAGAGGGCUGAGGAGCAUGCUUUGGCACUAUCACUACCUUCCAAGUUUUUCCUUGUAGCUAUGGAGAAACAUCUCUCAUUCAGUUCAUGAUGUGCUUUCAGAAAAGCAGUUCUUCUAUAUACUAUAUAAAAAAUAUAUACUAUACUAUUUUUGCUACUUGUUUUCUGAGAUUGAGUUAGGGGUUGUGCUACUUCUGUCUUAGCCUCUGCUCCUUGGUGUUGCUGAACAUAGCUGAAUUGGAAGGUUAACUUUUCUUGCUCUUCCUUACAGUGAAGUUGCCCUUUAGCCUCUCUCCCCUUAAAUGGACAAUGCAAAAUGCCAGCUUAAAAGUAUUUUGCUUGGCGAUAGUUGAGCUGUCUCUGCUCCUCUGUGCAUGCAGAUCAUUCAAGAGAGGAAGCAAUUUAAAUCACUUCAGGAGUAGAUGGACCUAUUGUGUGAUUAGUUAUUUAGGUCAUCAGAGUAUCCCCCCCCCCCGUUUUGCUGGCAGAACUGUAGCUUCAGGUUCUUUUUGUUUCUUCUAGUACUUUAUGUAACAGUUCCAGAUCCCUCCCUCAACAUCCUGUUGCCCCGAAGGAAGAGAGAGAGUUAAACACGGCUUUCUUCCCCCUCCCCCUUUCUCCUCUGUCAGUCUUAUUGGGUAUCCAAACAAGUCUUUGGAGCUUAGCUCGUCAGUCCUAUUUAUAGCUGAAAUAUUCAAAACAUUUAAUUAUUUCUGGCCUUAAAAUGAGCUACUUGGCAGUAUUUGCUAGUCAGCAGUGAGAAAGCAGCGAUGCAUUAAGUUCUGCAGCAGCCCCUUAACUUUCAUGUGGGUCUUGUUGUGCGUUAACUGCAUGGAGUGGGACUGCUGGAGAAAGGGAGGAUUUUGACUUAAAUCUAGUGAUUUUUUUUUAAUAUAUUUUUACAGUGGAUGUGUCAGGUUUUUUUUGUCUUGUUCAAAUAAGGCUUGAAAGUUAACCUACUUUUUCUAUGCUCUGAAACUUAAUUUACACCUGCCUACGCUCUCCUUGGUUCACCACACCAAAAUGAGAAACAUUUAAAUAAUUUGUUUCCUUUCUCUCUAAUGAAAAUUUCCUAGGUAAAGCUCGGAGAGAAUGCAUUAUUUUUAAAUGUGGUGCAGUGAUGUCGUCUUAAGACUUUGUUUUAAGCUUUUAAUUAAAGCUGCAAGCUUCUGCACAUGGUCAAAGUACACCAGAAUUUCAGGCCGGAUGCUUUAAGAUCAGCAUAAUCCACUUCAGCUUGCCUCGCCAUUCAGUUGUGUGGAGAAAGUGAUCGUGCAUUUACACUGAGUGAGGAGAUCCAGGUCACUUUGUGUGGCCACAGAUGUGUGGUGUCUGUGGAUGAUCAGAAGGGUUUGGGGGUGCUGAGAGCUGAAGAAGCAAGUGGUGUCAGAAGUUUAGUUUUUAAAAUGGACUUCCACCAAAGUGUGGGCUUGUAAAUGAACAAGGUUCCAGGACUACUAGCCUGGAAGCUUAGACUUUCUCAUAUCUCUGUAACUCCUUGAGAGAGCAAAAGGAAGGAAUACUGAUGCACCAUCUACACUAAAUGAAAGUGACUGAUUUAGCUGACUGUUUAUAGAGCGAGUCUUAAGCUACUAAAGAGCAAGCAAUUAAAAUUGAUCUUCGUGUGUCAGCUCCAGUGUCUGGAGAAGCUUAUAUGCAGCACUUGUUAGAUACAGUGUGUUUCUGAUCAACACCAACUGAAUUUAGUAAUUACGUGAUUUUUUUUUUUUUACCUUGUGAAAGAGUGUGAGUGAUAUGUUUAACCAGCUCAGGCUCUAUUUGGGUUGAAACUUAAAGGUAGAUCUGCUGAUGCUUGGGUUCAAUGAAUAUGCGGGUUCCUCCUCCUAAGCAUUUAAAGCAGGCUGUCUCUUUUAUUUUCAUAGCAUGCAAGUUGAGCUCUUGCUCCCAUGUUCUUGCAUUGGAGGACAAAUAGGUCAUCAGCUGUUCACUGUGCCCUUAGGGGAAGCACGAAUUAGCUUUUGUUCAUCUUACUUCAUACUUUAAGAAAUGGGUUAUUUAGUUGAGUUUGUUCAAUUGAAAUAUUCUCUUUACCUACACAAGAAGCUACUGUUCUCAAAAUCUGGCUUAGCAUUUCAACAAAUGUUGCUUGUUUUGGAUACUUAGCUGUUGUGUCAGUAGUCCUGCUGUGGUGGUUGCUGAGCAGAGUGCAGAACUUACGGGGAAGCUGAGUGUAGUUGGUUCCUGUGGCUGUAUUUGCUUCCAUUCAAGUCUGUCUGCUUUUGUGCAUUGCUUCUCCUGCAUCUCGUAGUCUGUUUGACCUGGCUUAGGAAGCUAUUGCAGUAGCUCAAAUUCUUAAUCUGAAUUAUUCAGGCUGUGAGGGGCUGAAAUGGAGUAGAGGGUGAUUAGCAAAUCGCUAUAGUCGUAGGGCUGAAUGGACAGCAGGCUUCAGGGCAAGUCCAGUCACUGAUCUUUCUGCAUCAGCUUCUUCCAGAGCAAGGCUUACUAUAAUGCUUCUGCAGCUUUUGAUGAGAAUUGGACUGUGGAGUGGGACUUCUCCUAAUCAUUGUUUUGAGACGCUGCUGUGGAAGUAGUUCUUGGAAGUGGAAUGCGAUCCUUCUGCCCAGGACUCUGAAGCCUCCAGGGAAACCUUCCAGAGUAUUCCAGUGCUACCUGAGACAGCAGCUAGCCAAAGUAACAGGGUAAGCAUUAUGAGGAGGAAGAAGAGGAGGAUGCCCUACCUGACUCAGAUGUCAUGCCAGAUUCAGAUGACGAGGUGGAUUUGGAUAAGCCGCGCCCCAUACAGAUUGUUCUCGCUCAUGAAGAUGACCAUAACUUUGAAUUAGAUGAAGAAGCAUUGGAAAAAAUCUUGCUUCAGGAGCACAUCAAAGAUCUUAACAUAGUAGUUGUGUCUGUAGCAGGAGCUUUCCGCAAAGGAAAAUCUUUUCUGCUGGACUUCAUGCUUAGAUACAUGUAUAACAGGACUUCUCCUUGCUGGAUAGGUGGAAACACUGAGCCUUUGACUGGGUUUACAUGGAGAGGUGGAUGUGAACGGGAAACCACUGGCAUCCAGAUCUGGAGUGAAGUGUUUGUAAUUGAUAAACCCAAUGGAACGAAGGUUGCUGUACUACUCAUGGAUACCCAAGGUGCCUUUGAUAGCCAAUCCACUAUCAAAGACUGUGCAACGGUUUUUGCCCUGAGCACCAUGACAAGUUCUGUCCAGGUAUACAACUUGUCCCAGAAUAUUCAGGAAGAUGACCUUCAACAUUUGCAGUUGUUUACAGAAUAUGGAAGACUAGCUAUGGAAGAAAUUUACCAAAAGCCGUUUCAAACACUGAUGUUCUUAAUUAGAGAUUGGAGUUACCCUUAUGAACAUGCGUAUGGCUUGGAAGGAGGAAAAAAAUUCCUGGAGAAAAGAUUGCAGGUAAAGCAGAACCAACAUGAAGAGCUACAGAAUGUAAGGAAGCAUAUUCACUCCUGUUUCAGUAACCUUGGCUGUUUCCUGUUGCCCCACCCUGGUCUUAAAGUUGCAACAAAUCCAAAUUUUGAUGGGAGAUUAAAUGAUAUAGAUGAGGAUUUUAAGAAAGAGCUGCGGAAUUUGGUACCAUUACUGCUUGCCCCUGAAAACUUGGUAGAAAAAGAGAUUAGUGGAUCCAAGGUGACCUGUAGAGAUCUUGUAGAAUACUUCAAGGCUUACAUUAAAAUCUAUCAAGGAGAGGAGCUACCUCAUCCAAAGUCUAUGCUGCAGGCAACAGCUGAGGCAAACAAUCUUGCUGCUGUGGCAGGAGCAAAAGACUUGUACAGUAAAGGCAUGGAGCAGAUUUGUGGAGGAGAUAAGCCUUAUAUUGCCCCAUCGGACCUUGAGCGAAAGCACCAGGAUUUCAAAGAGUCAGCUGUCAAGCAGUUCUGCUCUGUGAAGAAGAUGGGAGGGGAGGAGUUCUGUCGGCGCUACCAGGAACAGCUUGAGGCAGAAAUCGACGAGAUCUAUGCAAACUUUGUGAAGCACAAUGAUGGCAAAAACAUAUUUUACGCUGCUCGUACCCCUGCCACUCUAUUUGCAGUCAUGUUUGCCAUGUAUAUAAUCUCAGGACUGACUGGGUUCCUUGGUAUGAACUCCAUAGCUACCCUGUGUAAUCUCGUGCUGGGGAUGGCUCUUAUAUCCUUUUGUACUUGGGCAUACGUUAAGUACUCUGGGGAAUUCAGAGAAGUUGGAACAGCCAUCGAUCAGAUCGCUGAAGCUAUAUGGGAACAGAGGAAUCCCAGGAAGGUAAGAAGUUGCUGGCAAUCAGAUUUGUCUGAACUUAGCUUUAUCUACUGCCUUUUGAGAGCCACGUUUCCUAACAGCUCAAUUCGUGUUCUAGGUGUUUUUCAAACUCUUUGAAGUCCUUAGAUGCCGAACAAUUCGCCGUGCUCUUACAUCAGUGCCACGACAGCGACUCUCAUCCAACAAUAACAAGAAGAAAAACUAGCCAGUAUUUUUAACUUUCUUUCUGUAUCUGAAGUGUUCACAACUUACACAUAUAGGACAAUAAGCUGGACUGUCUGGGCCGGUCUGCAUAAAUGCUGUAACCAUACCAGACUGAUGCUGCAUAUAGGGUAUGGAAUUGCACAUCCACCUUCUAGGAACUGUAAAGUGGCUUGAAAUCAGAGAAAUACUGCUGUGUAGGAGGGAUAUCACUUGUGUUCAUAGCAUGUGACUGAUUUAACCUCAUCAGUGUAGCAGCAAAACUCAUCUAUUUCAGUUCAUGCCAGUUUGUGUCAGACUUCAGCAUUCCAGAUUUUUCCAUUAUUUCAAGUCUCAUCUUUUUGUAUGUUUUUUAUAUUUUAUUUUCUUUGGUUACCUCAUUUUUUUGUUUCUUUGCACGUUUCUCAUU